AUGUCGAUUGGUGUUCCGAUUAAAAUUCUUCAUGAAGCUGAAGGACAUGUGGUAACGAUCGAAUCUGUAACUUCAGAAGUCUAUCGUGGUAAACUAAUUGAAGCUGAAGACAAUAUGAAUUGUCAAUUGUCGAAUGUUACUGUUACCUAUCGAGAUGGUCGACAAGCACAACUUGAAUACAUCUACGUUCGUGGAUCGAAAAUUCGAUUUAUGAUUUUUCCUGAUAUGUUAAAAAAUGCACCAAUGUUCAAAAAUAUGCGUGGUGUUAAAGGUGGUGCAGGCCGAGGUAAAUCAGCUAUUUUACGUGCGCAAAUUGCUCGUGGACGAGGAGCACGUGGUCGACCACCUAUGAAUUCAUUCGGUGGACAACCAGGCGGUCGUGGUGCUGGUCCACCAGGUUAUGAUCGUGGUGGUGUAGCUGGCGGACGUGGACGAGGUGAUCGUUAG